CGGCAGUCCCCUUCGUCCAUGUCCAGGUCCAUCCUGGAGGCCCUGACGCUGUCCACUGCCAUGAGGUGUGCCCCCCACGACGGUUGCUCCCUGCUCCUGCGUGUGCAGGCCUCCCUCACGCUGCACGAGAGCCUGCGGGGCCUGGAGGCCUGCUCCAUGAGCCUCGACACCCAGGAGACCCAGUGUCAGAGCGUGCGGGUCUCAAGGGCCUCCCGCCGACUACAUGUGGGGCAGCAGCUCCAGGUGCACUUUGAAUGCUUCGAGGUGAGCGUGGCCCAGAGCCUCUACGUCACGCUGAGGACAGUGCCCCACUUCUGUGGGGUCCGGCUGGACCAACAAUACCAUGUGGAAGACUGCAGAGACCAAGACGUGGGGAGGAACCUGCCCUUCUGCUUUGCCGGGAAGUUCUCCUACUGGGUAGACCGCGGCCGCAAGGUCAUUCUGGUACAGGUGCCCGAGGCUCCCGCGGACUCCGACUACUACGUGCGGCUCUGCCUCAAGUGGUUCACCUGUGAGGACGUGGGUGCCCCAGUGCGGGUGACGGUGAACAGGGUCUCCCGCGCCGUCUCUCUGCCCUACAGCCGAGAGCUGCCGUGCCUGUGCCUUGAGGGCUGGUCUGCGACCCCUGACGCGGUGCGGAUGCAGGCCUGUCCCUUCGAAAAUGACACAGAGGCACUGUGGGACGCCAUCCGCUACCACCCCGGAAGCCAGGCACUGAGCUGGGAGCCCGCCUGUCCCGUGAGCGGCCACGUGAGCCUGUGCUGGCGCCCGGAGCCAGGGGCCCUCUGCCACGAGCUGGAGCACUCCGGCCGGUCGGCACGGGGCAGGGUGCAGUACCCGCUGGUGGACACACAGCCCCAGCUCUGCCUGAAGUUCUCCACCAGCCGGGGCUUCUGGGUGAGGUGCCCUUUCGAACGACUAGGCUUCCCAGCCUGGAAGAUGACUGUCCGGCCAGCCGCGUCUCAGGGCCACCUCCGGGUCACCUUCUUCUCGCCCAGCGCUGCCAGCUUCAAGGUGCACCUGUGUCACCAAAGGAAGAUGUGGCCCCCUGCCUGCCACCCAGCGAUCCAGGCCACGCCUCUCCCUCCAGCCUCAGGUGGCUUCAUGGCUGACUCCGCGGUUGCCUUCGUGGACAUCCCCAGGGACGAGGCUUGUGUCCCCAGCACCUGCAUCCAGGCUGUCGCUCUGGGGGACACGGUUGGGGUGCAGGGAGGGGGCCGCGGGCUGACCGAGCUGCCCCCGCUCCGCCUGCAGGGCUGGAGGACCGAUGUGCACUUCUCCACCCCCCAGCAGCUGUGUGAUCUUCAAUGCAGUGAGUGCCGGGCCUGGGCCUCGACCCCGGGGGUGCGGGGGCAGUGGACGCUCACGGGCCGCAGGAGGCCGGGGCUGGACCCCAUCCUCAGCUGGGAGCCGGUCGCUGGCUCUCACUCUCAGGGCGGGGGUAGUGUGCGCUGCUCGGGAGACCGGGCGCCAGUGGGGGACAGAGGGGCCACCUGCCUUGGAGUCAGGCCAGGCUUCCGAGCCAGGGCGAAGCCAGGCCGGAUGGGAGCCCCCAGAGGAGCUUUUCAGUCAAGUCUGGGCCCCCGUUCCUCAGCCAAGAUCCCCUCCAGCAGAUCACAGGCCAAAGGGGCGACGGUCACCCCUGAGGGCCCGUAUCUGGGGCGGGGCUCCACCGCCUGCCAGCCAGGUGACCUGGGAGCUGACCCCAGCCACUGCCAGAACCUCCGUGCCACACCGGCUGGGGGUGAGCUGGAGGAGGCUGUGCCCCCAGACAAGGUUGGUAUUGUGUAG